GGUAAAAGUAUAUGCGUAAUACAUUUAUACAAUGACCACUGUACUACAUAUAGGUUCAGCUUUUAUUUACAGUAAUGCCCGUGCAAAGACUCUUCCACGUCCUAAGCCUGCAUGCACCACAGUGGCCACAAUGACAUCACAUAAUGAUAACUCAACCACAGUUCCUCGCCGUUCCGCAAACUAUCAACCUUCUCUUUGGGACCAUCACCAUCUCCUCUCACUGGAAAAUCAAUAUGCGAAAGAUAAAAGCAUGCGAGAGAGAGAUUUGUUGAAGGAAAAAGUGAGAAAGAUGUUCGAUGAUGAGAAGAAGACUUAUCUCGAAAAAUUAGAGUUCAUCGACGAUGUAGAAAGACUCGGUAUUUCAUACCAUUUUCAAGCGGAAAUCGAUAACAUUCUACUAUCUUCUUAUCAGAAAGAUAGAGUAAACGUCAAGGAAUGUGACCUACAUGCCACCGCACUCGAAUUCCGACUUUUCAGACAACAUGGUUUCAAUGUUUCAGAAGAUAUAUUCGACGUUUUCAUGGCGAAUAGUGAGAAGUUUGAGAGUGGUACUGAUAUAAAUGCUUUCAUAUCUCUAUAUGAAGCGUCGUAUCUUUCGACAAAACUGGAUUCUAAACUGCAAAAAUUUAUCAGACCUUUUGCAAAACAAAAACUCAGAGACUUUCUUGAUAAUAAUGGUAGUAGUAAUAGAGAUUUCGGGUCCUGUAACGCCGGGGAGAUGGUGGUCCAAGCGUUAGAUAUGCCCUACCAUUGGGGUAUGAGAAGGCUAGCCACGAGACGGUACAUAAAUGUUUAUGGAAAGAAACAUAACAAGAACCUUCUCCUAGUUGAGUUGGCCAAGACUGAUUUCAACAUCGUACAAGCUGUUCAUCAAGAAGAAGUCAAAUACGUUUCCAGAUGGUGGAGGGAGACAGGUUUAGGUACUCAACUUCACUUUGCAAGAGACAGAAUAGUGGAAAACUAUUUUUGGACGAUAGGACAAAUCCAAGAGCCUCAAUACGGAAACGUUCGACGAGUAGUGACUAAAAUAAAUACACUUCUUACUAGUAUUGAUGAUAUCUACGAUAUCUAUGGCACUCUUGAAGAACUUCAACUUUUCACUGUCGCGUUUGAAAAUUGGGAUGUAAAUCGUCUUGAUGAACUCCCUGAGUACAUGAGGUUGUGUUUUCUUGUUGUGUACAAUGAAGUCAAUAGCAUCGGAUGUGAUGUCCUCAGAAAGAAAAAUAUCAACGUGAUUCCUUUCCUCAAAAAAUCUUGGACAGAUGUAUGCAAAGCAUAUUUAAUAGAAGCGAUGUGGUACAAAAGAGGCCACAAACCAAAUCUGGAAGAGUACAUGCAAAAUGCUUGGAUUUCGAUAUCGUCCCCAACGAUAUUUAUUCACUUCUACUGCGUGUUUUCCGACCAAAUCUCUCUUCAAGUCUUGGAAACUUUGUCCCAACACCAACAAAAUGUCGUCCGAUGCUCUUCCUCAGUGUUCCGUCUAGCCAACGACCUUGCAACCUCACCGGAUGAAUUGGCGAGAGGAGACGUCCACAAAUCCAUCCAGUGUUACAUGAAUGAGACAGGAGCUUCAGAGGAGAAGGCGAGAUCGCACGUGCGAGAGAUGAUCAAUGACAUGUGGGAUGAAAUGAAUUACGAAAAAAUGGCACAUAACACCUCGCUACUCAGUCAUGAUUUUAUGGAAACUAUGAUCAAUUUGGCACGCAUGUCGCUGUGCAUGUAUCAAUAUGGAGAUGGCCAUGGCUCUCCCGAAAAAGCCAAAAUUGUUGAUCGUGUCAAGUCCUUACUCUUCAAUCCUAUUCCUUUAGAUUAAACUUCAUAUGAAGUUUUUAGAUAACCAAAGACGUAAAUUAAGUUUGUAUUUUGGUUUAGGCUUUGUAAAUCUAAUAUUAUAGGAUUGUGAAACAUCGGCGUUACAACUUUAACGAGU